ACAGGCUCAUUAGUUUUUGACUUCACACAGCAACCAGCCACAAAGGCAGGAUUUCCAUCUAAGCAACAGGAACCAAGGACCAAACCAACACAGAACCAUGGCCAAGAUCUUAUUAGGAAUCGUUGCUGUCAUCGCAUGCUUCAUGCUGGUCGAGUCCCUGAAGUGCAACAAGUGCAGCCUCGGUCUUAUAGGCUUCUGUAUCCUUGGAAGUGAAGAGACCUGCUCUGGAAACCAAACUGUCUGCUAUACGGCCGAAGCAAAAUUCGACAAGGUCCCCAUCAAGGGCUUCGUCACUCAGGGCUGCAAAGUAAACAGCACUGCCUGCGGCACCUCCCAGAGUAGCUCCAUCGCGCUCCUCCCCAUCGUCACCUACACCACCACAGUCACCUGCUGCUCCACAGAUAAAUGCAACCCCGUGGACACCAGCGACGCCACAACCGUCAAGAUGACGUUCACAGCCGCCAUGGGUGCAGCCGUUCUCGCCUCCGCCUGGGGGAGCAUGCUAUAAAAUACCUACCAAAUCACUAACGACCAAAAGCUGCAAGACUCCCUGCCCCCCCCCCACCGCUCCACCCACCCCGGUCAACUCUCUUGUCAUUCACUAGUGUGGUUGAUUACUUCCGGUAUACAUAAAUCUUCUAGGACACGCUUUUAUUUUUCGUACUUCGUUAUACUUCCGGUUAAGAGCGGCGUUUUUAAUGACAAGCGCACUUGUUCCAGGUGUUCAGGUCAUAAACAGAGGUUGGCCAAUGAAAUGUUUCGAAGAAAUAUUGAGUUCAAAAUUCUUUCACGCUGCUAUUUUUUU